AUGCACUUCAUCUUGAACCUCAAGAGUGUACGCUACGUCGAGGAACUUUGGAUCGGCACCGACCUCGGCACCGACGAUACCUCGCUCGAGAAGGUCGACACCAUCAGGGCAGUACAUCCCCGAGUGCCUCGUCGCCCUCACCCACUGCGGCCACAACAUUCUGCACACAGUCCCGAUCUGGAAGCUUCCCCGCACCGACAAGCCCUCAGACUUGUUCGCGUUCACCGAUGUCGACCACCGCGUCCUUACCAAGAAGGGGAUCACCAUCGACUCCUGCCUCAACUUCGAGACCUCGAGACCUCGAUCCCGCCCGCCAUCAUGUACGGCGUCACCAGUGGUGCCAGGAUGCCGACGCUCAGUGGUAAGUGGGCCGCCGGUUGGGAGGCUGUCGGUCGAGAUUCAGCCGACAUGCUGGGCCUGUCGCGCGAGGUCUUCAUGAAACGAUGCAUCCUCGAGCAGCUCAACAACGUCAAUGGGAAUGCGAUGACGACGACCGUCGCGAAGAACGUCGAUGUCGUCGACGAUAUUUGGGAGGUCGACCUCACGACAUGGUAUCUGUACCCGACGCGGAGAGCCGUUCAGUGCCGCUGUGACCAAGAGUGCCGGCAAUACACGGCGGGAUCGCAUCGGUUUGAGGGCUGGCAGAGCCGCGGUGGGCUGGUCAAAGCGAAGCUUCGUCAAGUCGAGCACAGCGCGGAGCUCUCGUACAGGUCUCUAAAACGCAGCGUUAUGAUUAGGUGUAAGUAG